CGGCAGCCACAUCCACUGCUCUCCACUCCCCCUCUUCCUCCAGGCCUGCUCUCCAUUCCUCUGCAGCAACCCUUCAUUCAUAAGGAACCCUCAGCAGAACCAUCCCUCCGCAACUAAUCCCGCCUCAUUAUCAUGGACACCCCGAGAAGCAUCCCCUCCACCUGUGAGGCACUCAACUUCUUGAUGGUCAUCAUAUUGACAUUGGGCCAAGGUGUUUAUCCAAUGCCAGUGCCGACUGACAUACCCAUGUGCACUGCCUCGGAACCUGCCCAGUACAGCUUGACAUUUACUGGCAAGUGGUCUCGGGCAGCGUUCCCUAAACAGUAUCCCAUCUACCGUCCCCCUGCACAAUGGUCCAACCUUGUGGGGGUGACCCACAGCUCUGACUACCACAUGUGGCAGCGUAAUAGUUUUGCCAGCAACGGAGUGAGGGAGUUCACAGAGAAAGGUGAGGCUUGGACUCUCAUGAAGGAAGUCGAGCAGGCCGGUGAACAAAUUCAGAGCGUUUACGGGAUCUUCUCCGCUCCUGCUGUCGUCGGAGGGACAGGCCAGAGCAACACUGUGGUUGAGGUCUUUGCCAGGCACUCCUAUCUGUCAUUUAUCGUGCGACUCGUUCCUAGCCCCGACUGGUUUGUGGGAGCGGACAGUAUUGACUUGUGCAAUGGUGACCACUGGAAAGAGAAUGUGGUGCUGGAGCUUUUCCCGUACGAUGCCGGAACUGACAGCGGGUUCACGUUUUCUUCUCCCAACUUUGAAACUAUCCCGCAAGACAAAAUCACACAGAUAACCUCAUCCUUCCCUAGCCACCCCGCCAACUCCUUCUUCUACCCCCGGCUGAAGCACCUCCCACCCAUUGCCAAGGUGACGCUGACCAAGAUAAGAAAGACCAAUCACAUCAUCAGCCUUCCAGUAGAACCCACCCAGUCCAACCUCCUGCCAAGAGGAAAUGAGAUUGAGGACAACCUCAUAAAUACCCCUCUGGACUGUGAAAUGUCCGUUUGGUCUCCCUGGGGUUUGUGCAAGGGCAAGUGUGGAGAUUCGGGAGUGCAGCACCGUACACGCUACGUCAUCAUGCACCCUGCCAACAAUGGCGCAGCCUGCCCUUUGCUGGAGGAGGAGAGGAAGUGCGUCCCGGACAACUGUUUAUGACUAGGCCAGGAUAAGAGCGGGAAGAAGGAUGGGAAGGAAAGGAGGGGGAAGAAGAACAGGAAGGACCGAAAAGGGCGAAAAAGACGACGAAGAAGAUACAACAGCCAAAUGUCUGCGCCAAGGUCUGAGCCGUGAACUGGACUCCUCUUUCAUCCGUUGGUCAAAAUGGUGGAUUUGGGAUUCAGUGUAAAGAUAAGCAUUGUCAUCAAAGUCCUAAUGAUAGUUCUGAGAUCAGUGAAGAGUUGUAGUUUGGUAUCAUCACCAAUAGACACAAACUCAAUGUUGCAGAUUAUCAAAAGUGGCUUUAGGAAUGAACAGAAAGUCCAAAUGUUUCCAUUUGGAAGUUUCUGAAGAUCACAGCCGCAUGCUGUAGAAUAUAUUUAUUAACAGGAUUUUACCCUGUAAUGUACAAAUAUGAAAGUAGUCAUUGUUAUUCUUUUACACUAGCAAGGUACUAGUUUAACACAGAAAAUA